GAACCCAUCGUUAUACAUUUUAGACUUGUAAAAUGUGUUUAUUUUCUAUAUAAACUUGUAUCUUAUAGUUGCCUGAUGAACUACAAGUGUAGAUAUCAUUGAAACUUACAGUAUCUAUUUCUUUUUGUUCCAGCGAUGCUGUUGUUAGAAAGUGAUAUGUUCAUGGACGCAUUGAAUGCUUCAGCUACAAACAAAAAAGAUCCAAAGAAAAGAAAACGAAGAACCAGUGGUAGUAAAGAUGGAAAUUCAGGAAACGAUUCCUCUCCACCUCACACUCCCACCAACAUGAGUAGUCCGAAUAGUGAAAGCAAGUCUGUGCCACCAAGAUUUUACCAAGACACGCUGGAAACAGAAGAUAAAGAGAAAUCGGAGAAAAAUGCUGAUUCAAAUGAAGACCCUGAUACGAAUGUUGAUAAGACUGAGAACGAGGAGAAGAUGGACAUUUCAGAACCUCAUACGUUAACAAUUAAUGGACUUAAGGGUGUUCUCUGCUAUCACAAACGAAAAGGGCCCAAAAAAAGCAUUAAAUGGAAACCGGACUCUGAGCUCGAGGAAGUUCAAUACUUUGAACUUGACGAAACGGAAAGAGUUAAUGUGACUAAAACCUUUACUGACAUGAAAUACUUAGAAAGAAUACAUGAAAGAGACGCGUUCCAGAAAGGAAGGAAUCUUAGUAAUGAUGACGUUAUGGAGGAGAAGACUAACUGGAGACCACUUAUACCUAUUGACGCUGAUGGGCAAGUUCAAGUAGAGCAUGGGAAAAAUAGUAAAGAAAAAGAAUUACAAGCAAUAAGACAAAAAGGAACGCUACAGCCACUUUAUUUCUCUAAAUCUAUGAUACCUGACUCAGCUUUUGAACCAGAUCCGGAAACGCAUCCUUAUGCUGAACCUACGAUAAUACCUUUAGAUGAUGUGACUGGCAAUCAGGACAACAUAAGUGAUUUUAGAAAUAUGCCUUGGCCUGAACCCAAAGGCAAUGCGCCUCCGGCAUCAGCUAAUAUGAAUGUACCAAAUAUGUUCCCGCCUAACAUGAAUCAGUUUCCAAAUAACUUUCAAGCUCAACAAUUCCCUGGUGUUCCCGGGUUUCAAGGAGGUAACAUGGUGCCUGAUUGGCCUAAUGGAGUUCCUCCACAUAUUAUGGCUAACGGCAUGCCAGGACCUAUGGCGCCGGGAGCUAUUCCUCCUGGAAAUAUGCCUCCAGGAAUGAUGAUGCCUCCAGACGGUAUGAUGAUGUCUCCCGAUAUGUUUGGAGGACCAAAUCCAAUGUAUCCUGUUCCACCAGAAGGUUUCAAUAUGCAACAAAAUAUGUUUCCGAUGGAUUUCAAUAUGUCAGGACCGCAGGGGCCUCCCCCUGGACCGGACGGCUUUCCUGGUAUGGGUAACUUCCGAGGUGCUAUGCGUGGCAGAGGUGCCGGCGGACAUUGGCGAGGGAAAAAUCCCGGGAAUUGGGAUAAUAAUCAGAGAGGUAGAGGCGGUGCUCGUGGUGGCCGCAAAGCUGUUUGUAUAUACUUCCAGAGAAAAGGGUCAUGUCGACAAGGUGACAAUUGUACGUUUUUACACCCGGGAUUUAAUUGUCCAUUUUAAACAUUAAGUACAUUUAAGUUCGUAAAAUUGUUGUAAAGAUUCUAUAAAGUCAUUAAAUUAAGAUUCUGUUUUAGAGUUAGACACUCAAAAAAGACUGUUAAAUGUAAAUAAUUGUGUAUGUUAUGGACCAAAUUAUUCUUUCUUUUAAGUAUGCAAUAAGUACUGUAGA